AAAACCCUGGUCUCGAAAUUUAGCCGCGGUCACGGCGGACGAAAAAUUGGAAUCGAAAUCUUCCUCUUCCUUUCACUUUACCUCUUCCCUGCCGAUUCUUCCAUCUCUUUGAUUUCUUUCCCCAAAAGGGUUAAAUUACCAUGAACAAAAAUUAGCUCUUGAGCCAAGAAACAAAGGAACAGAGGAAUAAAUGGCGACGCCAUGGAGGACGGCUCUGUGGGUGGCAAAUAUGGUGUGGCUGGCUCUCAGUGGAUGGGUUUCUUCUUGGUUGACUGUCGCUGAUGAUGUCGCUAGCUCACUCCGAAAUGGUGAUAUUGGACCCUUUCAUGUUGGUUGAUUAACUAUCUUCCCUUCAAUCGAUCUCUCCUCUCCGGUGGAUACUAUAAGCGGAGAGUGAGAGAUCAAAAGAGAGAGAGGAAAUGUGACGGUGCUUUGAAAAGGAGAAAACGAAUAUUCAAGAUGAUGGUGUUCUCCCUAGCAUCAAGCAGAUUCACUCGUUCUGUUAAGAUCAUUAUAGUGCCUAUCUUAAGUCAUGUCUAUCCCAACGUUUCCAAAAUAUGCAGUUCUAAACUUCACUUUCACUUGCUAAAUAAUCAAGCUCCCAGCAAAACUCAAAUACCAAGUAUAGAUUAUAGUGGUAAUCCAAUUGUGGCACAAUCCAAUUGGUUGAUCACCAAGCUAAGCAGAGAAGGCAAAAUUAGUGAAGCACGCAAAUUGUUCGAUGAAAUGCCUGAGAAAGAUGUCAUGACAUGGACUACAAUUAUUUCUGGGUAUAUCAAAAGUGGAUCGCUUGAGGAAGCAAGGAUAUUAUUUGAAAGAGUUGAUGCAAAGAAGAAUGUGGUUACCUGGACUGCAAUGGUUAGUGGGUAUGUUAGAGUGAAUCGAAUUGUGGAGGCAGAGAGGUUGUUUAAGGAUAUGCCAGUCAAGAAUGUGGUUUCUUGGAAUACUAUGAUUGAGGGGUAUGUGCGAAAUGGACAGGUUGCCAAAGCACUUCAAAUGUUUGAGAAAAUGCCAGAGAGCAAUGUGGUAUCAUGGAAUCAGAUGAUAAAUGCAUUAGCUCGAUGUGGGAGGAUUGAGGAGGCAAGGGGGCUGUUUGAGAGGAUGCCUAAAAGGGAUGUUAUUUCAUGGACGUCAAUGAUUGCAGGGUUGGCCAAGAAUGGAAGGAUUGAUGAGGCUAGGGAGAUUUUUGAUAGGAUGCCUGAGAGGAAUGUGGUCUCAUGGAAUGUGAUGAUAACUGGUUAUUCAGAAAAUAUGAGGUUGGAUGAGGCUUUUGAGCUGUUUGAGAGAAUGCCUGAGAGGGAUUUGCCAUCAUGGAAUACAAUGAUCACAGGUCUUAUCAAUAAUGGUGAGUUAAAGAAGGCUGAGAUAUUGUUUAAUAAUAUGCCAAAGAGGAAUGUUGUUUCUUGGACCACAAUGAUUACAGGAUACAUACGAGAUGGGCAAAGUGAAGAGGCAUUGAACCUUUUCUCAAAGAUGUCUCAUGAGGGGGUUAAGCCUAAUGAGGGGACAUUUGUUAGUGUCUUGAGUGCAUGUAGUGACUUAGCCGGUCUUGGUGAGGGACAACAAAUUCAUCAGACAAUAUGCAAAACAACUUAUCAGUGUAGUGAAUUAGUUGUAUCAGCACUUAUUAAUAUGUAUUCCAAAUCCGGAGAGUUGGAUGCCGCCAGAAGGAUUUUUGAUGAUGGGUUAGGAAGUCAGAGGGAUGUAGUUUCAUGGAAUGUUAUAAUUGCAGCUUAUGCACAUCAUGGAUGCGGUGGAGAGGCAAUCAACUUGUUCAAACAAAUGAGAGAUUUAGGCUUUAAGCCUAAUGAUGUGACCUAUGUGGGUUUGCUCUCUGCAUGUAGCCAUUCUGGAAUGGUAGAAGAAGGGCUAAAAUACUUUGAUGAGCUUGUGAAAGACAAAUCUAUUCAGGUCAGAGAAGAUCAUUAUGCUUGUUUUGUUGACCUAUGUGGUCGAGCAGGGAGGCUCAAUGAGGCUUUGCAUUUUAUUCAGCAGCUUGGGACUAAACCAUCAGUACCCACCUGGGCAGCCCUUCUUGCCGGAUGUCAUGUUCAUGGGAAUUUGAAACUGGGGGAGCUGGCUGCCAAAAGGCUUUUAGAGCUAGAACCGGAGAACACAACUGCCCACUUGUUACUGUCUAACGUAUAUGCUUCGUGUGGAAAAUGGAGAGAAGCUACCAAAAUAAGGUUGAAAAUGAAGGACACUGGAUUGAAGAAGCAACCAGGUUGCAGCUGGAUUGAAGUGGACAAUAAGGUUCAUGUGUUUUCAGUUGGUGGUAAAUCUCAGAAUCACACUAAUCUUAUUUAUUCAUUACUUUCUGAUCUUCACGCAAAGAUGAAGAAGUCUGAAGAUAAAGCAAAUAACGAUUACAUGGCGGAGGAUGAUAUUAUAAAUUUCCAAUCAGCUUAUUACUUAAUGGAACGAUAAAUUGAUACGCACAUCAAUCAUGAUAUUAGACCAGCAAAGACUAGGAGCAUAAGAUGGUCACCUUUUUUUGUGCUUCAACCUUAGGGCAGCACAAAUGCUAUGGGCAGUGCUGUUGUGUUAGAGCUCUCAGUUCAUGCUGGGUUUACUCUGGAGUAAACUGGUUUCAAUUAAUCAAAGACGAAUCCAUGGGUAGCAGAUGUAUGUAUUUCUGAUUGUUGGGUAUGAUUUUACCAGGAACAGGAUGGAGGACACAUUUGCUUUGUCAGGUGGAGUUUUGUUGUUGGAUGUUAAGGGAGAUGGUCUGGACAUUUUUCUUUGGUUACAAACCAGUAUAAAACAUUUUGGGAUAAACUAUCUCAUGGAGAUUAUAUCUCUCGGCUGAGGAAACUUGUAAGUACACAACCCCAACAGGCAAACUAAUCGGUAGCUGGUUUCUUUAGACUGUACAUUUUGGGAUACUACAGAAAAUUUUUGGCUUACAUUCUGGAUUUUCAAUGAUUUAUUUUGAAUAUAAAAUCAGAAUUUCA